CUUUUGCAGUUCUCGCGCUGCAGCUCUACUCCCGUCGCUACGAGAUCCUUCGAGAUCUUCUCCGCCCCCGUUACCGGCGCCUCUUCUGCUGCCGCUGAGCCGGAGCCGGCCUGGGUAACGUCCUCGGUUGCUGUCCCCCCUACGAGGACCAGGCUCUCGCGUGGACACCUGCACGCCCCCAGCAGCCUGGUGCCCCCGCCCACGCGGCCCACUCUCCACGCGUUAGCCUCGCCGGGGUCCGCGACCUGUCCCGGCGGCCGGACCCGGGCCGAGCCGUAGCCGGCGCCAUGUCGGUCGUGGGCAUAGACCUGGGCUUCCAGAGCUGCUACGUCGCGGUAGCCCGCGCCGGCGGCAUCGAGACCAUCGCCAACGAGUAUAGCGACCGCUGCACCCCGGCUUGCAUUUCUUUUGGUCCUAAGAAUCGUUCAAUUGGAGCAGCAGCCAAAAGCCAGGUAAUUUCCAAUGCAAAGAACACAGUCCAGGGAUUUAAAAGAUUCCAUGGCCGAGCAUUCUCUGAUCCGUUUGUGGAGGCAGAAAAAUCUAACCUUGCUUAUGAUAUUGUACAAUUGCCCACUGGAUUAACGGGCAUAAAGGUGACAUAUAUGGAGGAAGAACGAAAUUUUACCACUGAGCAAGUGACUGCCAUGCUUUUGUCCAAACUGAAGGAGACGGCAGAAAGUGUUCUUAAGAAACCUGUUGUUGACUGUGUUGUGUCGGUUCCUUGUUUCUAUACUGAUGCAGAAAGACGAUCGGUGAUGGAUGCAACACAGAUUGCUGGUCUCAAUUGCCUGCGAUUAAUGAAUGAAACUACUGCCGUUGCUCUUGCGUAUGGAAUCUAUAAGCAAGAUCUUCCUGCCUUAGAAGAGAAACCAAGAAAUGUAGUUUUUGUAGACAUGGGCCAUUCUGCUUAUCAAGUUUCUGUAUGUGCAUUUAAUAGAGGAAAACUGAAAAUUCUGGCCACUGCAUUUGAUACAACAUUGGGAGGCAGGAAAUUUGAUGAAGUGUUAGUAAGUCACUUCUGUGAAGAAUUUGGGAAGAAAUACAAGCUAGACAUAAAGUCCAAAAUCCGUGCAUUAUUACGACUCUCUCAGGAGUGUGAAAAACUCAAGAAAUUGAUGAGUGCAAAUGCUUCAGACCUCCCUUUGAGCAUUGAAUGUUUUAUGAAUGAUGUUGAUGUAUCUGGAACUAUGAAUAGAGGAAAAUUUCUGGAGAUGUGCGAUGAUCUCUUAGCUAGAGUGGAGCCACCACUUCGUAGUGUUUUGGAACAAGCCAAGUUAAAGAAAGAAGAUAUUUACGCAGUGGAGAUAGUUGGUGGUGCUACAAGAAUACCUGCAGUAAAAGAGAAGAUAAGCAAGUUUUUUGGUAAAGAACUUAGUACAACAUUAAAUGCCGAUGAAGCUGUCACUCGAGGCUGUGCAUUGCAGUGUGCAAUCUUAUCGCCUGCUUUCAAAGUCAGAGAAUUUUCAAUCACGGAUGUAGUACCAUACCCAAUAUCUCUGAGAUGGAACUCUCCAGCUGAAGAAGGGUCAAGUGACUGUGAAGUCUUUUCAAAAAAUCAUGCUGCUCCUUUCUCUAAAGUUCUCACAUUUUAUAGAAAGGAACCUUUCACUCUUGAGGCCUAUUACAGCUCUCCUCAGGAUUUGCCCUAUCCAGAUCCUGCUAUAGCUCAGUUUUCAGUUCAGAAAGUCACUCCUCAGUCUGAUGGCUCCAGUUCAAAAGUAAAAGUUAAGGUUCGAGUAAAUGUCCAUGGCAUUUUCAGUGUGUCCAGUGCAUCCCUAGUGGAAGUACACAAGUCUGAGGAAAAUGAGGAACCGAUGGAAACAGAUCAGAAUACGAAGGAGGAAGAGAUGCAAGUGGACCAGGAGGAACCACAUGUUGAAGAGCAACAGCAGCAGACACCAGCAGAAAAUAAGGCAGAAUCUGAAGAAAUGGAGACCUCUCAAGCUGGAUCAAAGGACAAAAAGAUGGACCAACCACCUCAAGCCAAGAAGGCAAAAGUGAAGACCAGUACUGUGGACCUGCCAAUUGAGAAUCAGCUAUUAUGGCAGAUUGACAGAGAGAUGCUCAACCUGUACAUCGAAAACGAGGGUAAGAUGAUCAUGCAGGAUAAACUGGAGAAGGAACGGAAUGAUGCUAAGAACGCAGUGGAAGAAUAUGUGUAUGAAAUGAGAGAGAAGCUUGGUGGUGAAUAUGAGAAGUUUGUUAGUGAAGAUGAUCGUAACAGUUUUACUUUGAAACUGGAAGAUACUGAAAAUUGGUUGUAUGAGGAUGGAGAAGACCAGCCAAAGCAAGUUUAUGUUGAUAAAUUGGCUGAAUUAAAAAAUCUAGGUCAACCUAUUAAGAUACGGUUCCAGGAAUCUGAAGAGAGACCAAAAUUAUUUGAAGAACUAGGGAAACAGAUCCAACAGUAUAUGAAAGUAAUCAACUCUUUCAAAAACAAGGAGGACCAGUAUGAUCAUUUGGAUGCUGCUGACAUCAUGAAGGUAGAAAAAAGCACAAAUGAGGCGAUGGAGUGGAUGAAUAAUAAGCUGAAUCUGCAGAACAAGCAGAGUCUGACCAUGGAUCCAGUUGUCAAGUCAAAAGACAUUGAAGCUAAAAUUAAGGAGCUGACGGGUAUUUGUAGCCCUAUAACUUCAAAGCCCAAACCCAAAGUGGAACCUCCAAAAGAGGAACAAAAAAAUGCAGAGCAGAAUGGACCAGUGGAGGGACAAGGAGACAACCCAGGCCCCCAGGCUGCUGAGCAGGGUACAGACACAGCUGUGCCUUCAGAGUCAGACAAGAAGCUUCCUGAAAUGGACAUUGAUUGAUUCCAACACUUGUUUAUAUUAAAACAGACUAUUAUAAAGCUUUAAGUUGUCAACUUUGUUCUAAAUAUCAACUAGAGAAAAUGAAUACUGAAGAUUUCUUAGUCAGUUUUUAGGGAAUUCCAGGGGAGGGGAUAUAGGUAAUGUAUGGAGCAUUUUGACUUCUAAAUAGUUAGAUACAGAAAUUAAAUGCAUUGUAUCUUUUUCAUAAUGGUACUAUUUAGAAGCCCAGUUAGUCUUACUGAGCUUAUGCUUCACUCCUUUUAUGUUUAAUCAUGUGUCUACAGGAAUAAGUUUGUUUUGGAAAGUUGAGCUGUAGCUAAAGUUAUAACUAGCUAUCAUGCAGACUUUUCAUUAUGACUUACAAGGCAGGAGCUCUAAUUAUGCUUUAAAAAUCUGUUGUGGAGGUUGCUACACAGGCUCCCUGCCUGGCAUGGGGAUGGGGUCUCCCUCUGUUUGAGGGCUAGAGCAUGACACGGCAUGGAUUAACAUAGCAGAGCGACAAAAGUGUGCUCUGAGUUUCUUCGCAUUUCACCUCUACUCCCACCUCUAUUCUCCACCGUCUCCAUAGAAGUGCUCCCAUUGUACCUGCCAUGUGCUGCUCUUGGGAAAAUAGACCUAGAGCAGGCUGUUAAUUGAGGGUUUUAGGCCUGGGGGCUCUUCCUGAAAGUGUAGUCACUAAUAUCCCAAGCAUCAAAGUCUAAAUAAUUUCCAGAAGGUUAGAAUUGGGUAGAUGUACUGUUGGAUAUAGGCAUGAUAAAUUUAACUGAGGAGUUGAUCCUUGUUAAUUAUGGUGUAAAGAUUUGUAUUCUGGCCUGUAUUCUGGGGGAUGUUUUGUGUAAAUUUGAGGUGUAGCUCGAACUCCUUGGACAGGAGUUAAAUGUUCUUUUUAGCUCAUUCACAAUCACUUGUGUGUUAAGUGUUAAUAACAUCUGUCAUAAAUCUGCCAAUUUCUACUUGUUAAACAGCUGUCAGAUCAUACAGAAAACUAAGAUACACUGGAUUGUACUGGAUGAGUCUGAAAUAGUGUUAAGGAAGCGUGGUGCCUGAUGUUAUAGUAGCACGUCAUUCUUAACUGCAGUCAAUGUCAGGUGGACCAAAGCAUUCCUCUGACUGCUCAUUGGGGCAGUGUCGAUAGGAGUGAGGCAUUUUGGAAACUCCAAGGGAAGCCUGUGUUAGAGGCCAGAGGUGGUACUGUCUUAUAAAGUUAUAAUCAAUCCUUGCUGGUUACAUUUUGGAUCUUUGUAUAAAGUUGAUAUUCUGUAUAACAGAGUGCCUCUCUGUUAAUUUUGGCCUAUGUUGUUAGAAAUAAGAUUAUAUCUUGCAUAGUUAGAAAAAGUUUCUCUCCAGCUCUACACUGAGAAGUUUGAGUGCUGCGUGAAGCUUAGAGAAGAGGAAGGUGGAAGUAUAUUUAUGUUGGUAUGUAAACAUGCAUGGAAACCUUUCGGCACCAGGAAUUGGGCUCUGUUCUCACAGUAUCCUCUACUCAUUCUCUCCCUGUCAUGCUUCAAGAGUUCCAGCUGGCCUGCUGUGAGACCAAUAUCUAUUUUGAAGUGCUGGCUCCAGAAUUAAGCCAACCUUAUGCAACUGACUCAGUCCUUAAUGGCCAUUUCUUCUAAAAAAAAUUCUUUUUUGUGUGGGGAAGGGUGUGGGUGCUGGGAUGGGGUGAAUUUGAAGUUAAAACUAGAAAUAAGAUGAUGUGGUCUGCUUGCUCUCUGUUUAGACAGGCUUUAAGACCAGUUGGAUUUACAUGGAGGCCAGGCCAGAAGAGUGGUAAUUGAUGACUUGUAUGCAGACGAGCAUUCAUCCAGGUUGUGUUUUCCAAAUUGGUUUGUUAAAGCUCCAGGUCACAUUCUUACACUAAGAAAAUCAUUCAGUAAACAUGAGACAAGUUUAGGAAAAACUAAUAAAAGAAACCUGUCUUACACUCCAA